AUGUCUCAUGUUGGCAUUCUACGAUGGCAUUCUCCUAAAACUGAGAAAGAUGCUAAAAGCUGGGAGAAGGCUUUGAAUCGGGGUGAUAAUGAACAAUGUUCUCGUAGUAAAAUUUAUGAAAAUUGUGAUUCGUGCACUUCGAAGCGAAACAAAACUGUUACCAUUAUACGUCAACAAAUAAAAAUUCAAGAAUUGAUAAAUGAAAACAAUGAUUUAAAAUCAGGUUUACAUGUAAAAAAACCUUUUUCAAUAGACGAAAUCAAGAAUGACGAUAAAGCGAUAAGCCUGUAUACCGGACUGCAAAAUUAUGGUGUGUUUGAAUGGUUAUACAACCGUAUAAAACCAAAAGCUGAGAAGCUCAGUUACUUCAAGGGAGAAACCUCUUAUUCAAAAAGUAAUUCGAACAGAAAAAAGACAGGACCAAAAAGGAAACUCAACACAAAAAGUGAACUAUUUAUGACCCUCAUAAGGCUUCGGCUGGGAGAACUUCAAUGUUUGAUAUAUUGGCCUUCCAGAGAAGAAAAUAAUGGAUGCUACCCCAAGUGCUUCAAGGAUUUUCCAAACACCAUCGGCAUUAUAGAUUGUACGGAAGGUGGACUAGAAAAACCUAGUUUAGCCAAAGCGCAAGCUCAAACGUAUUCUUCAUACAAAUCUAAAAAUACUUGGAAAAAACUGUUGUCGAUCACACCUUGUGGAACAAUUUCGUUCAUUUCAAAAUGCUAUGGUGGGUGUGCUUCAGAUCGGUAUAUAACAGAAACUUGUGGCAUUCUUGAGAAAAUUAACCCCGGUGACAACUUGAUGGCAGAUAAAGGUUUUAAUAUAAGUGAUCUGUUGGUUGGAAGAGGAUCAAAAUUGAUUAUUCCUCGGUUCUUGAAGGAUAAAAUUCGUUUUACCAGAAAAAACUGCAAUCGAACCUCUAAUAUAGCUAAGGCUAGAAUACACGUGGAAAGGGCAAUAGCUCGAAUCAAAGACUUUCGUAUACUCCAAGGUGCAAUACCAGUUACAAUGAAAGAUUUAUUGGAUGAUAUUUUUGUCAUUUGUGCUGCCAUCACUAACUUAGCUCCACCUCUUGUGCCAUUCUUGCGCUUGUCUUGUUUAUAUUUUAUAAAGUCCCCCAAUCAGGACAAGGCUUUUAUAUUUGAACCAAUCAUGACAGCGCGCAGUUCGAUAACGAGAAAUAAGUUGCGUAAUAUGAUCUCAGCGAGAAUCAACGACUGGAAGGUUAAGAAUAUAGAAAGGCUAACGCAAGGCGUUCACGGUAAAGUUCGGUCCAUAUGA